AUGAACAACGACGAAGAGAUGUCGGGACACCCGGAGGAUCGCAGCUCCGCUCCUCCGGGGCAAGAGUCAGACCGAAACAUCUAUAAUCUACUUACAGCGCCAUCAACUCCCUCAGAGUCAUCCGGUUUUCAGCCAUCCACUUUUGGACACCACGACAUGGAAGCGUCAAUACCUACAACCGACCACGAGCAUGAAACUAGACCUUUGGUGGACAUGAGACCGUCGGACACCCGGGCUGCUCCGAUAUCACGUAUGGUGGUGAGGAGGCAGUCGACCAUGUCGAGAUUAGGUUCUCGGAUCCUACCAAACUCCGUGAUACGAGGCCUACUUAACAGCGAAGAGGAGACGCCUGCAGAAGGCCAUGCUCAUCGAAACGGACGUCUAUCGAGAACCCUUCUUCGAUCCGAAACUUACAGCAGCCGCUUCAAUUCGUUGAGCUCGCUGGGAUCGAGAGGGAUUUCUCGACGACGCUCGAUUCGUGGGCCAUAUCCACUUCCUCGGGGUGACGCGGCCCUAAUUCCUGAUGCUCCCCCGAACCCGACUUUCCUCGAUUCCUCUGCUGAGCCGAUUCCGGAUUCCAAUAGAGGAUCCUGGCGACGGAGCGCACGACUGAACCGUGUUCGUGACUCCUUAGCCACUCCUAUUUCACACAUAUUUGGACCGCCCUCUCCGCCACCAUCCAGCCAAGUUACGAGCACUCCGCCUCAGCGGCCAUCACGAUCAACGUUCCACGAAGGAUCGGAUCAGCUUCUCCCCCCGCUGGCUCCUAUGGAUACCACUAUGGAUUUCGACGAUCCCCCUCAUGAGCUGGAUUCUGUGGAACCUGCAGUGAGGAGUUCGCGACCACUGUCGCCGGUUCCUUCCACCAGGACUUCACAGGGACCAGGAGCGAUGCGACGACUGCCAGGCAUAUUACGGGCCAGGCCAUCCCGGAUCUUGCGACGAGAAGAGCAAACACCUCUGUCUCGGGUUCUACAACUGGCUGCUGCUGCUAUUGCCGCUCAGCUGUCUGGCACCGCUACCCCUGCGCUUCCCAACAUCCAGUCUCUUGGGAAUGAUGGACUAGACGCAUCGCUUGAGAACUUCAUCCAGAGCCUGCAGCAAGCUACGUUCGCUCAGACCAAUGCUUUGCCUUCAGGUGACUCUCAAAACCAGACCGCAGAUGGCAAUCCUGCCCCAGUUAACUUCCUCAGAGUUUUCCGCUUUGCUAACCCCGACACACCCUCCGGUGCGAGUGCGUCCGGACGAACAACGCCCGAGUCUGGGGAACAGGCAAAUCGCUCAGACAGAAUGGACGUCGAUGAGCCCGCGGGACAAAGUUCUGAGGGUCAAGGUUCUGAAGGUCGGACUGUCACUUUGGUCGUCGUGGGAGUAAGGUCAGUUCCCUCCAGUGGAGUGGUCGGCAAUCAACACCACACCGGUGGUCUUGGGCUGGACGCCCUGCUCGGUCUGCCACUCUUUCCACCAAGCAACACGUCACAGGAUCAAGGCGGCGCUGGCAACCUUAUUCGACGUGCUGAUGGUGGAUCCAGAUUUUCGCCUCAUCGCAAUAUGAUGGAAAGCACCAACGCAAACUAUGACAGCCAGCGCCACCAGAGAUCGUCGUUCUCCGCUUCUCGGAGACCAUCGGACGCCAGUUCCACUCCCAAUGGGGUCUCAUCUACUCCUGCGACGGCACUUUCAGAGAGUCCUCCGGGGCCUCAUCCACCCCCGUCGACUCCCGCGGAGCCCAUCUUGUCUGCGGGUUCCUCAGGUAACUCGACACCGAGCCGCAGACCAUCAUCAGCGUCUGCCAUGUCUAGCAGCAUCUCGCCUCAGCUUCACGAGGAGCCAUCGAGACAGCCCACCGUCGAGCCAGGUGAAGGAGAUGCUUCAUCCACCGGUGCUCGCCAGCGACGUCGGAGUGAUUCUGAAUAUGCUCGUCACCGCCACCUCGGGUCGGGUGCGGCAAGACGCAACGGGGUCGUCGAACCCGAUAAUCCAACACCGUCGACAAGUCGAACUUGGCUGAUCUAUGUCGUCGGAACGAACCUGUCCGAGAAUCACCCAGCGUUCGCUGCUCCAAGCCUCUUUACAGAUAAUCCCACUUACGAAGACAUGGUUCUCCUCUCAUCACUUCUUGGACCAGCCAAGCCCCCUGUCGCAUCUCAGGCCGAUGUUAACUCGGCGGGGGGGGUGUAUACUCUCGUCGAGUAUGCAGGGUCUUUGGUUGCAGAAGCUGUGGACGGCAACGAAACCAUUGAAAUUGGAGAGAAUGAACGAUGCUUGAUAUGUCUCAGCGACUACGAGGCAGCAGAGGAGGUUCGACAGCUCGCUAAGUGCAAGCAUAUUUAUCACAAGGAAUGCAUUGAUCAGUGGUUAACCACGGGCCGAAACUCUUGCCCACUUUGUAGAGGCCAAGGAGUUGCCGAGUCCUCGAGCAAUAAUACCAACACCAACAGCACAGCCCCCGCACAGGAGGCUGCUGCUUAA